AUGACUUUCACCGUCCUCUCCGACACCGACAUUCAAACCCUCCUCCACAACAUCUCUCCAUCUGACGUCCAAAAACUGGCUUCGUCACUAAACAAAGCUCUCACCGAAUACUCGUGCAAUGAUGAAGUUCCUUACCAACCACACCGCGCCAAUGUCACCCGACCAAAUGGACAAGUCAGCCUCUUCAUGCCCGCAACAACACCAUCGUCUAUUGGCGUAAAGAUAGUCGGUGUUGCGCCCUCCAAACCUCCUCCUCCAGGAGAGAAGCCCAAACCCGCACUACGGAGUGUCCUUACCAUUUGCGAUGAGUUAGGGCAGGCUGUAGGCGUGUUGAAUGCGGCGGAGUUGACGGCAUUCCGGACGGCACUGGGAAGUAUGUUGUUGUAUCGAUACCGGAAGAAGACCGAAAACAUUGUUGUGUUUGGAGCGGGGAAACAGGCCGAGUGGCACAUACGCCUCGCUAUCCUGCUCAAAGGGGAUGACAUCCGGAAGAUCACCGUGGUCAACCGAUCCAGUGCAAGAGCAAAGGACCUGGUGGAUUCACUCGCACAGUCGAAAGUGGGCCCACAUAUCAAGAUGGAGGUCUUUGAAGAAACGGACGCUGGACUGGAGAGCCUGGUCACAGAGGCUGAUGUCAUGUUCUGCACGACACCUAGUACAUCUCCCUUGUUUCCUGCUUCAUACCUCACGUCAGACUCGGGUCUCGGCAAAUCCCGCUUCAUCUCUGCAAUCGGCUCUUACCGUCUGGAUAUGCAGGAGAUUGACCCCGAACUUCUCAAACACAUCAGUAACCCCUCCGGCCCAUUUGCUUCUCAGGUGCAUCAAGCGUCUAUCACAGUCGACAGUAUUAAGGGAUGCAUGGAAGAGGCUGGCGAGCUGGUGGCUGCUGGUUUGAAACAAGAGCAGAUGCUUGAGGCGGGGAGAAUUGAUGGAUUGAGGGAGGAUGAGGGUAUGCAGAAGUGGCUUGAGGAAGGGUUUGUGGUGUAUAAGAGUGUUGGGGUGGGCAUAAUGGACAUCGCGAUCGGGAAGGCUUUGAUGGAAUUGGCCGCGGAGAAGGGGGUAGGCGUGCACUUGGAUAGCUUUUGA